UUUAUUCCUAAAGGAACCCAAAGAACCAAAGCAGGCAUGGGGGUAUGUCCCUGUCAGAAGCAAUGCAAGCAUGUUCUGGUGGCUGUACUAUGCAGACAACCCUGCCAAGAAUUUCACAGAGCUUCCUCUUAUCCUAUGGCUUCAAGGAGGCCCUGGGGCUUCUGGCUGCGGAUAUGGAAACUUUGAAGAGAUUGGCCCUUUAGAUGCUGAUCUAAAACCACGAAGGACAACUUGGUUGCAGGCAGGAAGCGUGCUGUUCAUUGAUAACCCCGUCGGCACCGGCUACAGCUAUGUGAACGACAGCAGUGCGUAUUCUACAGAUCUGUGUACAGUCACGUCGGAUAUGAUGGUUGUUCUUAGAAAAUUCUUCAGUUUGAGGACAGAAUUCCAGACAAUCCCCUUCUACAUAUUUUCAGAAUCUUAUGGUGGGAAAAUGGCGGCUGCCAUUGCUUUGGAGCUUCAUAAGGCAAUUCAAGCUGAGAAGAUCAAGUGCCGUUUUCUUGGGGUAGCCCUCGGCGAUUCCUGGAUUUCUCCUCUAGAUUCUGUGCUGUCCUGGGGGCCUUACCUUUAUAGCACUUCUUACCUCGAUGAUAAAGGUUUAAAGGAAGUGACCGGUGCUGCCAAAAAGAUCCUGAAUGCUAUGAAUAAAAAGGAAUACAAAUCAGCAACAUUGCUUUGGAGCAAGGCGGAGGAUAUCAUAGAAGAGAACACGAAUGGUGUGAAUUUCUAUAACAUUCUUACUCCAGAAUCUUCGUCCCUUACAACCACCACAAGUGAAUUGGUUCCCUUCUUAAAACUCUUCCAGCGUCAUGUACAAUAUCAAAAUAAAGACAAGUUGAGUGAUUUGAUGAAUGGACCGAUCAGAAAGAAGCUGAAAAUAAUUCCAGACCAUGUCAAAUGGGGAGGCCAGGCACAAGACGUUUUCACACACAUGGCUGAAGACUUCAUGAAACACGCAAUAGACAUUGUAGAUGACCUGCUGGAAGCCAAUGUCAAUGUUACUGUUUAUAAUGGGCAACUGGAUCUCAUUGUUUCCACCAUAGGCCAAGAAGCAUGGAUCCGCAAACUGAAAUGGCCCAACCUGAAGCAUUUCAGUGACCAAAAAUGGCAAGCUUUAUAUGUCAGCCCCAAAACUGAAGAGACAGCAGCUUUCUUCAAGUCCUAUGAUAACUUAGCUUUCUACUGGAUUCUAAAGGCUGGGCACAUGGUACCUGCAGACCAAGGCGAUAUGGCACUGAAAAUGGUUCGGAUGGUGACUCGCCAAGAUCACUAACAGAAUCGGGGCCAGCUGGCUUGGCUUCCUUGAAAAUUGUGAUGGCGCGCUCUGCUUU